AUGGUGCAGCAGUCCAAGGUCCCUCCGGCCCAUCGCCAGGUAAAGGUCUCUCCCAAGGAUGUGGGGAUGAAAGCCACAGAUGCUCCAGGCUCUGAUCUUCAGCAGAUGCUUGCCUGGCUGAGAAAGGAGCUGGCCGAGAUGCAAGAACAAGACCGGAGACUCCUGCUCAUGCUCAGGCAUCUGCAGCACGUCCUGGAGGCGCUGCGCACUGAGAGUGCCCGCUGGGAGGACGCCUGUGGCGGAGCCUCCCCCAUCAGAGCUCGAGCAGGAUCUGAGGGCAAAGCCCGCCGGCCCAUCUCCUCCAGGGAGCCGGCCCAGCUCCUCUCAGGGGCAGACAGCAGACGAAGCUCUCUCCCUUAA